AUGGAUUCAUUCCAUCGAUCAACCGAAACCCAAAUUCAGCUUUUAGCUGUUAACCCAAAGAAGAUUGAACCUGAAGUUAAUUGCGCAGCCAAAUCUGUAAUUAACAAAGGAUUUUCGUCUACCAGCGGAAAUGAAUUGAACCAACAAAGUUUUCUUCGUUUGAUGGCCAAAGUAAUAGAUGAGAAAAAACUGAAAAUAUUGGAUAAAGAACGCUUGGUGAAUGAGUUAAGUCUGCUUCAAUCCCAACUGACAGACUCCAACUCCAAGCUGCAAAUGUUUCAGAAUGUAAAAGACGAGUUAGAAAUCACCAAAAGUGAACUCGAAAAAAAUAAAAGUGUCAUUACUGACAUCACAGAGAUAAAUCUCCGCUUGACAAAUGAUAAUUCGCUUUUAAGGCGAAAAAUAAAAGACAGGGAUGGACAGCUUUCAGCUGUUAACCCGGAGAAGAUUGAACUGGAAAUUCUUUGUGUAACCGGACCUGUAAUAAAUGAUGGCAUUUCGACUACCAGCAGAGAUAACUUGAACCAACAAAGUUUUCUUAGUUUGAUGGGAAAAAUGAUGGAUGAGAAAAAACUGUUAUUAUUGGAAAAAGAACGCUUGGCGAAUGAGUUAAGUCUGCUCCGAUCCCAACUGACAGACUCCAACUCCAAGCUGCAAAUGUUUCAGAAUGUAAAAGACGAGUUAGCAAUCACCAAAAGUGAACUCGAAAAAAAUAAAAGUGUCAUUACUGACAUCACAGAGAUAAAUCUCCGCUUGACAAAUGAUAAUUCGCUUUUAAGGCGAAAAAUAAAAGACAGGGAUGGACAGCUUUCAGCUGUUAACCCGGAGAAGAUUGAACUGGAAAUUCUUUGUGUAACCGGACCUGUAAUAAAUGAUGGCAUUUCGACUACCAGCAGAGAUAACUUGAACCAACAAAGUUUUCUUAGUUUGAUGGGAAAAAUGAUGGAUGAGAAAAAACUGUUAUUAUUUGAAAAAGAACGCUUGGCGAAUGAGUUAAGUCUGCUCCGAUCCCAACUGACAGACUCCAACUCCAAGCUGCAAAUGUUUCAGAAUGUAAAAGACGAGUUAGCAAUCACCAAAAGUGAACUCGAAAAAAAUAAAAGUGUCAUUACUGACAUCACAGAGAUAAUUAUCCGCUUGACAAAUGAUGAUUCGCUUUUAAGGCGAAAAAUAAAAGACAGGGAUGGACAGCUUUCAGCUGUUAACCCGGAGAAGACUGAACUGGAAGUUCUUUGCGUAACCGAACCUGUAAUAAAUGAUGGCAUUUCGACUACCAGCAGAGAUGACUUGAACCAAAAAAGUUUUUUUAGUUUGAUGGGAAAAAUUAUGGAUGAGAAAAAACUGAUAUUAUUGGAAAAAGAACGCUUGACGAAUGAGUUAAGUCUGCUGCGAUCCCAACUGACAGACUCCAACUCCAAGCUGCAAAUGUUUCAGAAUGUAAACGACGAGUUAGCAAUCACUAAAAAAGAACUCGAAAAAAAUAAAAGUGUCAUUUCUGACAUUACAGAGAUAAAUUUUUGUUGGUUCAAGUCAUCUCCGCUGGUAGUUGAAAAUCCAUCGUUUAUUACAGGUCCGGUUACGCAAAGAACUUCCGGUUCAAUCUUCUCCGGGUUAACAGCUGAAAGCUGUCCAUCCCUGUCUUUUAUGUUUCGCCUUAAAAGCUUGCCCCAAUAUUUACAAGAAGAACCAGUUUCGCCCCCAAAUCUAAAGAAAUCUGAUUUUUUUGAGAAGAAUGACAAUCAGUCCCGACACAUACCCGAAAACCAACAUGCAUUGCCCCUUAACCCCGAAAAAUCUAAUUUACUGGAGAAGAAAGACAUUCAACUCCGACAUCAACCACAAGAACCACAUGUUUUUCCCCCAAAUCUAGAAAAAUCAGAUAUUUUUGAGAAGAAAGACAAUCAGCCCCAACUUUUACAAGAAGACCCAUAUGUUUUUCCCGUAAAUAAUUUGAACAUUGCAGAGUUCGUUAGUUCCCAACACCCUCCCCAUGCGAUGGAGUCAAAGGAUGUGCUUAGAUACAUAGAAACUGAAGAAGUAGGCAUGAUAUAUCUAAAAGAUGAGAACUAUCAAAAUAAUUUAUAUCCAUGGUCACUUCUACAAGAAUUGGAACAAAAUCAAAGGUCUAAAAUCAAACCAUGGAAUCAAUUGCGUUUUCCGGAAUCUUUUAAUUCAGAUAAACCUGAUUUGGUGGAAGGCCUAGAGACAGAUAAUCAAUCCCGACAUAAGCAAAGAGACCCACAGGUACUGCACCAUUAUCCCAAUAAAUUGCCCCUAAACUCCAUAAAAUCUAAUUUGCUGGAGAAGAAAGAUAGUCAAAUCCGACAUCAACCAGAAGAACACCAUGUUUUGCCCCAAAAUCUAGAAAAAUCUGAUUUUUUCGAGAAGAAAGACCAACAGCGCCAACUUUUACAAGAACACCCAAAUGUUUUUCCCCCAAAUAGUUUUAACACUGAAGCUAAUCAUCCCCGCAAUGUAACAGAAGACCCGCAUGCAUUGCCCCCAAAUCCAGAAAAAUCUUAUUUGUUUGAGAAGAAAGACAAUCAAUCCCAACAUAAACCAGAAGACCUACAGCAUGCAUUGCCCCCAAAUCCCGAAAAAUCUGAUUUGUUGGAGAAGAAAGACAAUCAAUCCCAACGUAAACCAGAAGACCUACAGCAUGCAUUGCCCCCAAAUCCCAAAAAAUCUGAUUUGUUGGAGAAGAAAGACAAUCAGCCCCAACAUUUACCAGAAGAUUCAGAGGUACUGCCCCAUAAUCUAGAACAAUCUGAUCUACUGGUGAAGAAAGACUACCAACCUCGACUUAAACCAGAAGACCUACAUGCACUGCCCCAAAAUCCAGAAAAAUCUGAUUUUUUUAAGAAGAAAGACAAUCAACCCGGACAUAAACCAGAAGACACACAUGCAUUGCAAAAUCAAUACAAAUUCGGUUUAUUGGAGAACACAGAUAAUCAACCCAGACAUAAACCAGAAGACGCACAGGUACUGUCCCAAAAUCCAGAAAAAUCUGAUUUGUUGGAGAAGAAAGACAAUCAAGCCCAACUUAUACUAGAAGACCUACAGAAUACACCUACUUUUGAUGAAAUCCAAUUAGUUUCGUCAAAUAUGCCCCCAAAUGCCCCAAAAUCUGACCUGGUGUUUAAUCAACCUCAACAUCCGCCAGAAAAACCACAGCCACUGCUUUUAAAUCCAGAAAACCCCGAUUUGGUGUUUCAAAAAGACAAUCAACCCCGAGAUAAAAAAGGUGAAGAGAGGCCAACCGAAUUACCAAAACCGGAAUCGCAACAAAAACAGACGGUUUCGGGAAACACGAAGGUGGAACAGGAAGAUCGGAAGCAGGUAGAACUGGAAAAAAAUCCAACUGUAGAAAAAUGCGUAAUAAAUGGGAAAACGUUUCCCUUAAUGAAUGAAUGGGGAUAUGAUUAUAAAUUUGCAGCCGUCCAUUACAAUGUUUGGAAGAGGGAAUUAAAAGUGGAAAUUGUAAUCAACCACAAGAAGAGCAUUAUUCCAAUCCUGGUUAUCAAUAACCCUUUGAGCAAGGAUAAGGACAAAGCAGUCUAUAUUAUUAAUUAA